AUGGCCACCAUCAUCCACCACGUCCGCCGUUUCAAGCACCACCUCUACACCGUCCACAUCCACGGAGUCCACGUCACCGUCACCGUCACUGCCAGCGCCUCCGUCGUCAAGCGCUGGCUCUCCUCCACGCUCUACUUCCGCCGCCGCUACGCCUACCUCAACCGCCUCGUCGUCGGCCUCGGCGUGCAGUGGACUCCCGGCGGCUCAAAUCCUCCGGCGGACACGCUGCAGCUCUGCAUCGGCCGCCGCUGCCUCGUCUUCCAGCUCGCUCGCGCCGACCACGUGCCGACGUGCCUCCGCACCUUCCUGAAUCAUCCUUUCCACACCUUCGUCGGAUUCUGGAACCAUUCCGAUCGGCGGAAGCUGGAGUCCUCGGAACACUGUUUGGAGAUGUGGAGAGAUCCUCUGGAUCUGAGGCUUUGGGCGGAAACUGUAGAUGACGAUGAUGAUGAAAGCCUCGCUCGUGCUUCGGUGGAGGUGAUCAUAGAGAAAUGCCUCGAUUAUGAAGUGGAGCAAAGAAGUGAGAUCAGCAUGAGCGAUUGGGAUCGUAAAUAUCUCAGCCACGAUCAAGUUGUUUACGCCACCGUUGAUGCUCACUGUGCGUUCCUCAUCGGUAGGAAUAGUAGGCUUUGGAAACUCCAGAUUCAAGAGGUAUAGUAUAACUCUUUUCAUGCAUGCUAGUGCUUAUUCAGAAUUAUCUUCUUCUUCUUUUUUUGUAAUUCAUGAAUCAUGAUAUAUGAGUUAGUUAGGGUUGUGUAUAGUACUAGUGGAGUCUUACUCUUGAAUUUCACCGGUUGACUGGUAUUGACGGUGACGAGAGUGAUUGUGGUCUUAGUGAAUCUGAAGCUGCCGGCGUGUUUGUUUGCUUCAUUUGUUUCGUUCUGAAGCUCACGGUUCGAUGA